GCGUCGGCUGCUCAGAAACAGAUGAGGAGGAAGAUGGAGGAGAACACCAGAGACGUCGAGGCUGAUAGCGAAACUGGAGGAGAGGAUGCCUUGGUGGGGAAUGUCAACAAGCUGACCGUGAGCCCCCCAGGAUAUUCAGGAGUGCCACGAAAAGGACAUCUGGUGUUUGAUGCUUGUUUUGAAAGUGGGAACCUGGGCCGUGUUGACUACAUCAGUGAUUUUGAGUUUGACCUUUUCAUCCGACCCGACACCUGCAACCCACGCUUCAGAGUCUGGUUCAAUUUCACUGUGGAGAACAUCCGGGAGACACAGCGGGUCAUUUUCAACGUGGUCAACUUCUCAAAGACCAAGAGCCUGUACAGAGAUGGGAUGUCUCCUGUAGUCAAAUCUACCAGCAGACCAAAAUGGCAGAGGCUUCCAGCCAAAAACGUCUACUACUACCGAUGCCCAGACCACAGACGCAACUAUGUCAUGUCUUUUGCCUUUUGCUUCGACCGAGAGGACGACGUAUACCAGUUUGCCUACUGCUAUCCCUACACCUACACCCGACUGCAGCAUUACCUCGCCAGCUUGGAGCGGAGAAACCUUCCCUACCUCCAGAGGGAGCAGCUUGGGCUUAGUGUGCAACAAAGACGUCUAGACCUGUUAACUGUCACCAACUUGGAUCACGUGAACUCAGAAAGGGAGAAGAAGCUGGUUUUUCUCACAGCUCGUGUUCACCCCGGAGAGUCUCCUGCCUCCUUCGUCUGUCAAGGUGUCAUCGACUUCCUGGUGAGCCAGCAUCCAGUUGCUCAAAUCCUUCGCGAUCAUGUGAUCUUCAAGAUCGUCCCCAUGCUGAAUCCUGAUGGAGUCUACCUGGGCAACUACAGGUGUUCCUUGAUGGGCUUUGACCUGAAUCGUCACUGGCAGGAUCCUUCUCCGUGGGCGCACCCCACACUGCACGCUGUUAAACAGCUCAUAGUGCAGAUGAACCAAGACCCAAGUGUCAGUUUGGAGUUCUACAUUGAUGUCCAUGCUCACUCCACCAUGCUAAAUGGCUUCAUGUAUGGAAAUGUGUUUGAAGACGAGGAGCGCGUCCAAAGACAGGCCGUCUUUCCCAGACUGCUGUGCCAAAAUGCACCAGACUUCUCCUUCACAUGAAGCUGGGCAGUAAUGUGGCUCGAACGUUUCUGGAUUAUUAUAAACUCAACAACCUCAUCAAAGACAACAUACCACAUCAGCUUCGAAGCACUGAUGUGAUGCCCAAACCGAUCAAAAACAACACUGGAAAGGGAGCUGGCGUUGGCAGAAACACAGCGGACAGAGAAAAGGAGAAGAACCAGAAUGUCAGACACUAGAAAACAAGACGGACACAGACUGAGCAUGAAUCAAAUACAGAGCCUUGUAGCAGGAGCAUCCUUCACAGUUCAUUGCAUUUAUAAGCUCUGCAUCAACCCAAUCAAUAAACUUAUUUGCACAGAUUUGUAACAGCAGAAUGACUGGCAUUUGAAGGACUAAAACCUGAACAAGUUUCAUCCAUGUUUGGGCUGACUUUAAAUAUGAAAAUGUUGAAAGAGAUAAACUGCACCAUUCGUUUUAUUUAUUUGACAGCCUUUUUUUGUAGAUAAAAAUGCAUGCAUUGUGACAUAUUUAAUAAUUUCAAGAAAUGUUAUCUUUAAUAAAGAUUCAUCUGCUUAAUUCAGAUGUACUUAA